AUGUCUUCUAACCAUGCUGACCAGAUCGCCUGUGAUGAGGAUUCUGAUAAGAUCUCCUGUGACCAGAUUGCCUCUGACCAGCUCACCUCUGACCAGAAUCAGAAUAUCUCUAACCAGCCUCGCAGUGUCCCGGGUGGUACUAUCCAGGCUCCUUCUAACCAAGCUGCGUGGCUUACUGCCAAAUCAGCUCACCCACUCAUGGUCGGUGUCGCACCAUACACACCUCCAGGCCCCCAUCAAAUCAUCAUCAAGAAUGCUGCUGUGGCUGUCAAUCCCGUUGAAUGGACCAAGCAGUUGAUGGGUGACAAGAUGUUCUCCUGGAUCAACUACCCGGUUGUGCUCGGAAAUGACUGUGCCGGUGAGGUCGUUCAGCUUGGUGACAAGGUCUCUAACGUUAAGGUUGGUGAUCGGGUUCUCGCUCACGCCCUCUCCAUGGACCCAGCCGUCAACAGGUCGUCUGAGGGUGCUUUCCAACACUACACUGUGAUCCGUGAUCACAUGGUCACGGAGAUCCCGGACUGGCUCUCCUACGAAGAAGCUUGCGUCGUUCCCCUCGGUCUAUCAACUGCCGCAACCGCCUUGUUCCAAUCGGAGUUUCUCUUUCUUAAUCGCCCUGGCAACUUGCUGCGUGCAGCCCCGAAUUCGCUCCCCGAAGCAGUCCUGGUGUGGGGUGGAUCAACCAGCGUCGGCUGCAACGCCAUCCAGCUUGCCGCAUUGGCUGGAUAUGAGGUUAUCACCACUUGCUCUCCCAAAAAUUUUGAAUAUGUCACUACUCUGGGCGCUUCCGCCGUCUUUGAUUACCGCAAUGAGCUAACCAUUCCGCAAAUAAUCCAUCUUUUGAAGGAUAAGAUGGUUGUCGGCGCCAUCGCUAUCGGAAACGACUCGACUGAAGCUUGCAUCAAAAUUCUCGCAAAGACCAACGGCUCGAAGUUUGUUGCCCAAGCCGGCUUCCCGUUCCCGGAAAAAGUCCCAACCACAACCUUCCAACUCUUCCGUACUAUGGCAGCCUCAAAGUGGUCCGACAUCAAAAUUUUCAUCAAGUCGAAGCGCCGCGGCGUGAAAACCAAGUCAAUUUUCGGUAGCUCUGCGGCCCAUACCGAGGUUGGCGCUAUGAUUUACCGUGAGUUCCUCCCUGAGGCCCUUGCAGGUGGGACUUUUGUUGCUGCUCCUAAGCCGCGUAUUGUGGGGAAGGGUCUGGAACAAAUCCAAAGUGCUAUGGACUGUCACAUGAGGGGCGUGUCUGCUCAGAAGGUGGUUGUUUCCCUUUGA